UGGGCACAGGUGGGUGGCACUGGUGGGCACAGGUGGGUGGCACUGGUGGGCACAGGUGGGUGCACUGCUGGGCACAGGUGGGGGCACUGCUGGGCACAGGUGGGUGCACUGCUGGGCACAGGUGGGUGCACUGCUGGGCACAGGUGGGUGAUCUGCUGGGCACAGGUGGGCGGAACUUGUGGGUGGCACUGCUGGGCACCGAUCAUCAGGGCACCGAUCAUCAGUGCCCUGAUGAUCGGUGCCGAUCCUCGCUCUGACAACUGCCGAUUCUCGGCAGUACUUUCCUCACGAUCUGACAGCGUGAGGAAAGUGCAGCCGAGAACCGGCACUUGC